AUGUCACUACCGGUCGUUUCUCCAUUACCAUCGAAUACGAACGAUGAAGUAGCAGAAUUAGCUGUUUUUUUUAAUGAAACAUUAGGCUUUUGUCCAAAUAGUGUACUGACUAUGCAACGUCGUCCAGCCAUUGCUACUGCUUUUAUUCAAUUAAACAAAGCAGUGAUGACUAAUCAUGGUCGUGUAACUAGUGCUUUAAAACGUCUUAUUGGUUAUGUUGCUAGUUCGAAAGCAGGUUGUCAAUAUUGUCAAGCACAUACUAUCCUAGCAGCUGAACGUUAUGGUGCUAAUUCAGAACAAUUGGCACAUAUCUGCGAGUAUUCUACUCAUUCUGCUUUCAAUGCUGCCGAACGGGCAGCUCUUGAUUUUGCUGUAGCUGCAUCAACAGUACCCAAUGCGGUAAACAGUUCCAUUAUUGAAAAUCUACGUCAGCAUUGGGAUGAUGGUGAAAUUGUCGAAAUUUUAGGUGUAAUCAGUUUAUUUGGAUAUCUCAAUCGAUGGAAUGAUUCAAUGGGUACUAAUAUGGAACCUGGAGCUAUAAAUGCAGGUGAGAAACAUCUAAAAACACAUGGAUGGUCACCUGGAAAACAUGCACAAACAAAACAUUCAUCUUAA